AUGAAGAGUCCUGUGGAAGUAAGCCCGUCACAUCGCUUUCGCGAACUAUCAAAGGACAUUAACAAGUUAAUAGUUCUUUUGGGAUUGGAUAUAUUUGCACCAAGUGUGAAAUUUAACUAUCGCACUGUGACCACUACCAUUCUGCUUGCCAACUUCACAUCCUUUACCAUUUUCUCCAUAUUCAAUAAUGGCACUGAUUGGGAGAAAAAUUUAAGGGCCACCUCGAUGAUUGGUGGACUGCUGCACAUUCUUGGGAAGUUCCUGACCUGCCUGUUUAAACAGCAGGACAUGCAGAAACUCAUAUUAUUCACAAGCAGUAUUUACGAAGAGUAUGAAAAUAGGGGAAUACUCUACCGCAAAAUUCUGCAUUCAAACAUCGAUCGGUUGCUCGGCUUCAUUCGAAUCAUUCGCAAUGGUUACAUCGUUACCUUUAUAAUGUUGUCAAUGCCAAUGGCCAUGCUGGUUUACGAUGGAACUCGGGUCACCGCAAUGCAGUUCGACAUCCCUGGCCUUCCGUUGGAGAGGAAUUAUGGCUACAUACUCACCUACAUAAUUCACUUUAUUUCACUGAACGUUGGUGCCAUUGGAUUUUAUGGCGGAGACUUGUUUGUCUUUCUCGGAUUAACUCAGAUUAAAACAUUUGCCGAUCUGAUGCAGCUUAAAAUAGAUGAGCUAAACGAAGCCCUGGUUCAUAAAGCUCAAUCAAGAGAACUAUUGGCAGUGAAUGUACAGAUUGAAGGAGAAAAUGAUCGACUACACCUUUUAUUAAAGGUCAUUAAAUGGCAUCAACUUUUAACGGAAUACUGUCGCACGGUGAACGCUAUAUACCAUGAAUUGAUCGGCACUCAGGUCAUAGCCAUGGCCUUGUCAAUGCUGCUUAGUUUCUGUUUAAAUUUAAGUGGUUUUGACUUGUCGCUGACUGUCUACUUUGUGGUAUCAGCUUACAGUAUGUCCGUCUAUUGUUUGCUAGGCACCACAAUUGAAUAUGCAUAUGACCAAGUCUACGAUAGUAUCUGCAAUGUGGACUGGUACGAGUUGAGUGUUAACCAGAGGAAGCUCUUUAGUCUCAUGCUGCGGGAGUCUCAGCAUCCCCUUACUAUUGAGAUCCUUGGAAUUAUGUCGCUGUCUGUUAAUACAGCUCUACAGAUUGGAAAAGUAAUUUAUAGUUUAUCCAUGGUGGUGAUGAAUCGUCAAUAA